AUGUGUAGAUCGACGGAUUUCGAUCGGUAUGUUGAGAAAGAGAGCUUAAAGGUUAAAGCUUUCUACGUCCGGUUCACCGGUUUACCCACCCGAGAGUUCUUACCUGACUCUCUCACUCUUCUCUACCCGCCACGUAUCAACGAAGCUGCUUUCGAGCUCGAAGGGUCCAAGAUCCGACCCGAUUCCCCAGCCUUCGUGACGCUCCACAGGGUCGUCAAGGGAGGAGACGCCGUUUACGGGUCUAGAGAACGGGUUCGGGUCUGGGAAGGGAUCCGGUUCGAGGUGUACAUGAGUGAGGAGAGGGUCGUGAAAGGUAUCUUCAGAAAAGACGAAGGAGACGAGUGGAAGCUCGAGUGCGAGUGUGAGAUGGAAGAGGAAGGAGCUGCUGAGGUUGUUGUAGCGGCUGAGGGACACGUGGCUACGUCAACGAUGGCUAGGAAACAUAGGAGGAGGAAGCAUAGGGUUGGGUUUGAGUGUCUGGAGGAGAUACCGGAGGAGAGAGGGGAGGGGAGGGAAAUGGACGACGGCGUGUGUUUUUGCACGUGCAGCGGUGGAGGAUCUGACGACGGAGAGGGAGAGUGGGAGUCCUUGGAAUGGACGGCUGAGAUGGAGUCUGAGGCUGAGGGAAUGGGAUGGGCCGUUGAUUUAGGGAUUUGGGUUAUGUGUUUGGGUGUUGGUUAUUUGGUGUCUACCAAAACCUUGAGAAGUGGUAGAAGACGAAGAACAAGAACUUUCUUUUAA